CAGCUCCUCUACUUACCACCUCUACAUCCUCAAUUCCUUAUACUUCCGGGGCUAUUCUCCUCCUCCUCCAUCCCCCCCCUUCUACACUAUCACCACCUCUCUCCCUUCCCCGAAGGAAAAACCAACCAACCCACCAAAAUGGUCGACAUCCUCCCCCUCUCCAGCUACCCCUCCUACAUCGACCUCCUCCCGUCCGUCCAAACCUGCAACAUCACCAACCUCCCCGAGAACUACUUCCUAAAAUACUACCUGUACCACGCCUUGACCUGGCCGCAGUUAUCGUUCGUGGCCGUGGUAAGGCCCAAAAACGGCUAUUCGAAGACCACCACCGGCACGCCCAAUGGCACCGGUAGUGCCGCGGAACAAUACCCCAAGGUAGUGGGGUAUGUGUUGGCGAAGAUGGAGGAGGAGCCGACGGAUGGAGUGCCGCAUGGGCAUAUUACUUCGAUUAGUGUGAUGAGGACGCAUAGACGGUUGGGUAUUGCCGAGAGGUUGAUGAGGAUGAGUCAACGCGCAAUGGCCGAAUGUCACCGCGCACAAUACGUUUCUCUGCACGUGCGUGUCUCCAACACCGCCGCUCUGCAUUUGUAUCGCGAUACGCUCGGAUUCCAGGUCGAGACGGUGGAGAGCAAGUACUAUGCCGACGGGGAGGAUGCGUAUGCGAUGCGCAUGGAUCUGUCGAAUAUGUUCAUUGAUUGGGCGGAGAUUGAGCGCAAGGAUCGGGAGCGGGCGGCGAGUGAUGAGAAGGAUGCGGAUGAGGGGGAUGAGGUUGGGGAGGCCGGGAAGAAGGAGUCGGAGAAGACCGUGCGGGUGAAGGUUGGUCGUGGGUUGGGUGUCGGUGAUUUGGUGGAGAAGAAUGAGGCGCAGACGGCGCAGUAGGAGGGAGGAGUUUAGUACUUCUCGGCUUAUUUUCUAAUUUCAUUUUUGGAGGGAGGAGUUCUUUGUAUAGAUAGCAUGGUUACAGGUAGAGGUAAGUAGAUUCGGGUAUAUUGAACCGUGUGAGUGCUCUGGUUCGAAAAAAAGGGUGGCACGUUGCUCGUAAGAUGAAAGAAAACAUAGCACAUGCUAAUUACCACUGUAUCACUAGUUCGCCUGUAUAAUGACAGAUA